GGCUUGUUUGAAAUCACUUCAAAAAAAUGAAAUAUAAUCAAUCCUUCAAUCUUAUUACAUAGGUCAUUCCUGUAUUGAAAUCAUCUGUUCAAUAAUUGAAACAAACUUCAGUUCGAUUUCUCUUGAUUUCCCAGUUAUCUACGCUGUAGUCGGAAAACUAUUUGUCAAGGGACGGCAAAAUUACUAAAUGGGCUUAUAGAAGAUGGAUAUCCCCAUUCGCAAUACUGUGUUCCAGACGAUAUGGUUGAGCAUAUAUGUCGCUUUAAAACUGUCUUAUCGGAUGCUCUUUCUCGGCAUUGGUACAAAUUAAAAGAUUUGUACGAUGCGUAUGCAGUUCUUCAUCCAGAAGCAGCCAGCCAUGUUUCAUUCCGAUCCAUCAGGAGCUUUAUGAAAGUAUGCAGAAAGAAGCAUUAUCCCCCGAGUCCCCAUACGGUCCGUGAAUUCGUGGAUCGACUCGUUGAUCCAGUGUUUGCUCGCAAUCUAGAGUACGAUAAUGGUCGACUUUCUGUGCGUUUGAUCAUUGACAACAGCGGUGCACAGCAUGCCCUAUUUUUCGAUAAAAAUUUCGUGCGGCAAGAAAUGGCUGAGGUAUCAAGGCUUCUUAUUGAUGGAACGUUUUGUUCGCGACCCCGGAUUGAUGGAGUAUAUCAAUUGCUCACUAUUAUGGGGAUAAAAUUGAAUCACGGCUUCCCCUUCAUAUGGGUCAUCAUGACAUCAAAGACGCAAAAUGCUUAUGAAGCAUGUUUGCAAUAUGUAAAAACACAUAUUCUGCAUGCGCAUAACAUUCUUCUUGUGAUGAGCGACUUUGAACGCGCAUUGCGGAAUGCUGUUUUGAAAGCAUUUCCAACCGCUCUAAGUACGGGUUGUAAUACCCAUCACGAUCGUGCGAUAUAUAAGAAAGCCAGGGCCCUCCAUCUUCAAAAUUUAUUUCGGACCAACGCAGAAGCCAAAAGUUUUUUCAAAAAACUUUUGGCUCUGGCGUAUUUGCCUGCUGAUCAUAUUGCCAACCAAUUCGAAACUAUCAAGAAUAGUUUAACACCGACAGUCCGAAGACAGCUGAACCCACUAUGCGACUAUUACGCCCGGUAUUGGCUAGGAAUUGUCAAGCCAGAGGGCUUUAGCGUCUAUGGGCUUAGCUGUCGGACGAACAAUAUCGUGGAGUCUUAUCACAGCAGACUUAAGCACAGGAUAGAAGCUCGCCCUGGUCCUUGGGACUUUGUUUGCAAGCUACUCAAACUACAAGCCAACGUUCGAUCGGACAUCGAACACUUAAAAAACAAUGUACCGAUCGGCAGGCACGCACGUUAUUCGACAGUCUUCAAGCAAAAGAAAUUGAUAAAAGCGUGGCGUGAGCUGCACAUGCUUGAAAUUACGGUAAAUGAAUUCAUCGAAAAGGCAGUGGCUUUAAAAGGCAAUAUCGAAAUAAUCAUGGCUAAUCACGAAGAUAUGCAAGAAAAUGACGAGGCUCAUGAACAUGAGCUGCAGGAAACUCCAUCGGUCAAUCCAUUAGAUCCAGAUUUCGAGCGAGAAAUAUUCUCUGAGGAACCACCACGAUGGCUCCUGGACAAUUCCAUAACUUUUCAAGAAAAUGAACAAGUUAUGCCGAUUGUGAUCGAUGACGACUCGGACGCUUCGUCACUUGUUUCUAAUGCCAACAAUGAAGAUGUGGGAAAUUUGCUUCUGGGUGAUGAAGAACGGAGGACAUUCCCACAACCCAACAUAAUUGAAAAUCAGCCGAUUUUAAUCGACGACGACUCGGACGCUUCGUCACUUGUUUUUAAUGCCAACAAUGAAGAUGUGGGAAAUUUGAGUGAGGAAGAACGGAGGACAUUCCCACAACCCAACAUAAUUGAAAAUCAGCCGAUUUUAAUCGACGACGACUCGGACGCUUCGUCACUUGACAGGAAUGCAAAUCCGCUUCCAAGGCAAAGGAGAGAGGAAAUUACUCCAGACCCUCCAACCUCUUCGACAACACAGGCGUUGAAGAAGCAAAAACGCAACAAGCGUCGAAAAGAUAUGAGAAGAAGAGCGAUUGUACGAAGACAAGAUGGUUCAAAUUCGGGAAAUAUCGAACUUGAGCAGCAGUUAAGUACAGCAGGGAACCGGCUCCAAAAUAUGCAGAACAAUGUCUGCAAGGUGUGUCUAUUGACAUCGGCAACUCACAUUUACUGGCCGUGUGGGCAUUGCUGCUGCUGCUCUACGUGCGCAGACAUACUGUGGAACGAGUAUCGCGAACGGCGCUGCCCAAUAUGUCGGACAGUAGCGUCCGAAGCCCCUCGGAGGGUGUUUCAACCAGAGGAUUUUUAAAAAAUAUAAAAAAUAAAUGCCUUUCCCAAGUU